UACUUCAGACUCUUUUCCUCUUGGUAUUUUGAUAUAAUGGUUUAAAAUGACAGAAUAAAUAAACAAUAAAUAAAAGAAAUGGAGUCGCACAUUUUGGUGCGGUUGAUCGCUUUGUUUUGAGGCUUGUUUAAUCAUGAAGUGUUGCUUGUUUUCCAUGUGAAAUCUGGCAACACUGUGAGACGGAGCUAAUCGAAAAUGUUCGUUCAAACAGCGCUUACGACUGAUUUACACAGUCACACUCUAUGUGAUUAUCUCUGACGUGCAAUUCAUGUCGACAGUUUUAGCAUACUGGCUUUAAUACCACAGAAUCAUUUCAAUAAAUAAAGGAUCAUUUGCAGUAGAAGCGAGGUUGUUGUAGCCUCGCAGGAAAUGUUGGGAAGCCAGGGGAUUCAACCUGUCACGCUAGACUUCAAUAACUCCAAAAACUGCUUUCUUCAGCUGUCAUCAAACUUUGCCACGCAUCUCUGUCUUCAAGAGAACCAGAUCCUGGAGCUGUCAUGGGGUGUUUCUGCACCCGUGUUCCUCAGCUGGAUCACCUCCAGGUCUCCAGGUCCAGAGGACAGAGUUGAGAUCAGCAGACAGCUGGGAGAGAAACUUGGGCUCAAGGAGGGAGAACAGGGGUAUCUGCGGACGUGUCAUCAGGUGCAGUCAGUGCAGCAGGUGUUCGUAGAGCCUCUGUCUCCAGAUGACUGGGAGAUCUUGGAGCUGCACAGCAUGGCUCUGGAGCAGCGACUCCUGGAUCAGAUCCGAGUGGUCUUCAGUGAGGGGGUUUUUCCUGUGUGGGUGGACCAGCACACUGUCAUCUAUAUCAGGAUAGCGUCCCUCUCUCCAUCUGUUCCGUUUGGCCGACUGGAGCAGUUCACUGAGCUUGUUGUCUCCCCAAAACUACAUCCAGAAGGUGAACAACUGCUCCAAACUCGGUCAGAAGAACCAAGCCAAGAUCUACAAUACCAGAACAUUGAUGUCACAUCUUCCUCCAGCUCACUCGUCCAUCAGGAUCCCAUCAGUGGUCAUCUGGAGAGUCCGAACGAAGGCCAUUGGGGAGGAAUAGCUGAUCUGAAAAGCCUGGUUAGAUACCUUUUUGCAGGAGGAUUUGAGCCUGCAAAAGAGCAUGUCGCAGUUCCCACAGUUCCCACCAUCCUGAAAGACUGUAUCCUCCGGACCUGUGGAACCCCUCCUAGGUCUGUCAGCCAUCUAGGCUCAUGUCACGGAGAUGUCCAUAUACUGCCAUGGAACCUGCAAGAGCAAGAGAACUGGAAUCCAGGGCAGUCUGCUCUAACAUACGGCAGGCUUUCAAAGAUACUUUCUCCUAAAGAACUCCGGGAGAAAGUCAAGCAGGCCAUGGAGAAGAAGAAGAUCAGAGAUGGACCUCACAAAGGGAACGACACAGAGGAACAUAAGGAGAACGCCGUUGUGGUCAGGAUGCUUUGUCACAAUAUAAAAAGGCUGCAGGAGGACCAGAAAUUCAAGAAAUGUGAAGACAUUUACUCUGGGAGAGUUUGGAUUCCAAAGGUGCUGCAGAGGCGUUUGAGGAUAGACCCUCGAUCAGCUGUGAGGAUUCAGCCUUUGAAAUCAAAGCCAAGAGUUGCAGAAGCAGUCAUGGUGCAACCAUUACAGCCGCUGGCAGUGAAUGAAAAAGAAGACGACAUUCAAACUGCGUUCCUCAACUGGUUGCAUGCUCUGAGCCAUCAGCCUUUGACCUGUCUGACAGGCCGCACUAACGUCAUUCUCUUACCCUGUGCUGAAGGAAAAGAAGAGUUUGUCUUGACUGUGCUGAAACCAGAGCAACAGCAAGAGGAUGAAAUGUUCUUUCUAUCAGCCAGUUUACUAAAGAAAACACAUCUGCAGAUUGUCAGAGAGCCUGAUGAUUCUGAUCACAGCGGCUCUGAUAAUGAUAGUGAAGAUCCACAUCUCGGCUUUCCCUCCCUCAGCUCUCUUGGUGGGGUAGAGGACAUCAGCAGGUCUGCUUUCGAGCACAUCUCUCACGCUCUAAUGGGAGGUCCUCUCUCGCGUGAACUGGUCUGCACAGGACGUGGACUGAGGGGCGGAGCUCUGCUCAUCACAGGGGCAAAGGGCAGUGGAAAAUCUUCUCUCUCCAGAGCACUGUGUCGAAAGGCCAGUGAAGAGCUAGAUGCCCAUGUUCAAGUUGUGGACUGCAAGACACUGAAAGGUAAAAGAGCCGAUAAAAUCAGACUGAGACUGGAAGAGGUUUUUGAGCAGGCGAUCUGGAGACAGCCCUCAGUGGUCCUACUGGAUGACCUGGAUCACGUGACUGGUGCCGCAGCUUCACCUGAGCACGAGCAUGGGCCCGAGGCAGUACUGCGGCAGCACAUCGCACAGGGUCUGAGGGAUUUGGUAGAUGAGAUGGUGGUGCGCUCCAGUCUCAUAGCUCUGAUGAUCACAGCACAGAGUGAACAUGCUCUUCAUCAGACUCUGACUGCGGUGCAGGGUUCACAUUUCUUCCAAAGUUUCUGCAAGAUCCAAACACCAGAUCAGAUUCAAAGGGUUGAGAUUCUAAGGUCUUUAAUAACCAAAAAGAACUUCCAAGACUGUCCAACUACUCUUGACCUAGACAUUGUUGCCAGAGAAACAGAAGGAUUCAUGCCACAAGAUCUGAACCUUCUGCUCGAGAGGGCCAUCCAUGCCAACUCCCUACACAGCAGGAACAGUGGCAGCUCUGAAGAUUUAAACUAUGAAGACUUCAAACAGGCCCUACAGGGCUUCACCCCACCCUCCUUCUGGGGGGCUCAGCUGCAGGCUCCCACCGGGGCCGGCAUGGAGCGUAUCGGGGGACUUCAUCAGGCACGUCAGCUCUUGAUGGACAUCAUACUGCUGCCAGCUAAGUACCCGCUGCUCUUCUCCAGUCUGCCCAUGCGUCAGUGCUCCGGUGUGCUGCUCUAUGGAGCUCCUGGAACAGGCAAGACUCUACUGGCUGGAGCUGUAGCCAAAGAGAGCGGCAUGAACUUCAUCAGCAUCAAGGGUCCCGAACUCCUGAGCAAGUAUAUUGGCGCAAGUGAGCAGGCGGUUAGAGAUGUGUUUCAGAGGGCUCAACAAGCUAAACCUUGCAUACUGUUCUUUGAUGAGUUUGACUCUCUGGCCCCCCGAAGGGGUCAUGACAACACAGGGGUCACUGACCGUGUAGUUAACCAGUUACUUACUCAGCUGGAUGGAGUGGAAGGGCUGACAGGGGUGUAUGUGUUGGCUGCCACCAGUCGUCCUGACCUGAUUGAUCCUGCUCUUCUGAGACCCGGGCGACUGGACAAGUCUCUCUACUGCCCUCCUCCUGAUCGGGAAGCCCGGCUGGAGAUCCUGAAGGCUUUGACUCAUUCCGUGCCACUGGCUGCAGAUGUGGACUUGGAGCAGAUUGUUGAGGCGACAGAGCUGUUCACUGGAGCUGACCUAAAGGCCCUUCUUUAUAACGCUCAGCUAGAGGCGAUCCACAGCAGCCUGGGGCCCAACCUUCUGCAUGAUCUGGGCUCGGGGUCAGACAGUGAUGUCAGCCUCUCCUCUCUGAUCUUCCUGAACCAUAGCGGUGGGUCAGAUGACUCAGCUGGGGAGGGGGACGCAGGGCCGGAGCACUCUAUGGUUCUGCUGGGCCCCAGUGAACUCCCACCUGAGGACCCACGCCACAACAUCUGGCGCCUUUACUUUGGAAGCUCCUUUGAGUCUGAACUGGACAACCAGUCUCUAUCUGAACUGAAUUCUCAGUGCCUGUCUGGACCCAAUUCUACCGCCCCUGACAUGACCGGGGCAUCAGUGAGGGAUCCAAACUCCUGUCAUGUGCCAGUUUUUAUGUCCUGUCUGCAGGACGGCUUUCAGGAACUGACCCAUGAGCAGUCAGAACGCCUCCGAGCAGAUGUUAACACCGUUAAGAAUAGUUACCGCAGAAACACGGAUGAAUCAUCUCUGGCCCAGACUGGCCCCAGUAAGCCUGGCUCUCUCAUAUGCCAAGCUCACCUGAUCUCCGCUUUGGCUAACACUCGAGCAUCUGUCAGCAGAGAAGACUGGAGGAGAUACACUGAACUAUAUGAGUCUUUCCGAGCCUCAAAGGAAGGCAAGUCUCAGAGCACUGCUUCGUUUAAAGCAGGUCAGCGGGUGACAUUGGCUUAAUGAGAGCCUCGCAGAAAUUAAUACAGCUCGGGGCAUUACAUUUUUUUUUUUUUUUUUUGCUGAGAUUGUGUCUGAUAUGAUCGACUCUGGUUUGUAUCACACAUUUUGGCCUUUUUUUUUUUUUGCUUUUCUUGGCCUUAAGAGCAGAUGCAUACUUACAAUGUUUUGAUAUUAAGUAGAGAGAAGUAUCAAGAACUUGAUGGACUUGAAUUCAUAGCACUGAACAAAUAAUUUAAAGAUAAUUAUGAAGUUUAAAAAGUGACAUUUUUGCUAAAUUUGCUUAGCUGCUGUAGGCAAUAUAAUGUAAAGAAAUCAAAUAUAUGUAUAUGUAUGUAUAUGUAUAUAUACAUUAAAUAUGUAAUUAACUUUUAACUAAAUGACAAUUCUUUGAAUUAUGAUGCCCGUUUUAUUUCUCUAGAGCCUCUGAUACACUGCACAAACUCAUGACACAAUAUAACUGAAAAUGGUGUAUAUCUUAAAAUAAAUAGAAAUAGAUCGUUUAUACUGAAUUAGCCCUUUAUUUUAAUUCUGUUUGUGUUUAUCUACUGUUGUUGCUGUUUCUCUAGCAUCCUCAUGAAGUGAUACUUACCAUAACCUGUAGGUGGCAGUGUAUUCCUAACAUCCAAGAGCCAAAAUGCCUAUUGAAAGUCCUCCAUGGAUACUUCUCAAUCUGUAUUCAAAGACUUUUAUGUUCUUCUCUUUGUAGAAGAGAAGAAUCCUCUAUUUUAUCAGCCAUAACGGCCUCCAGCUUACUCUGAAUAACUGACAUCUGCAGACCCCCAGGAUCUGAAUUUUUCUAAAUUGAUUUUUCUGUUUUUUCGUAGUCUUCACUUCCCCUGAGCACAUGCCCUGGAACUACAGCUGUCUCUGCACCUUUGAUUAUCACAAAAUUUUCCAGCACAUUCUCAGAUUUGUCCUCGUAUGAGCUAGAUUUCCGUCUCACACAUUGUUGAGCUGAAUUCCGAGUUGCGGCAACACACAUCAUAUACACAUAUACAGCCUGAUGCAGCAGUUUCUGUUGAGUUAAAUAUAGCCAGCCUUUGUUCUGACCCCUGCUGUUAGUAUUGUUUGGGCUUGCGCCAAAACAGAAACAAAACAAGUGACAUCAUGGGACUAGAAUAGACUAAGUCACAGUACUGUGGUGAGAACUGUGGACUAAAAUGAGAGAAGUAAAACUGCCCUCAGCAGUUACCUGACCUCUGAAUUUUAACAGUCAUUGAGACAAAAGCUCAGUAACCCCUGAGGGGGGAUACUGUGCAAAAUAUGAUUGUGAAGAUUCACUGAAAGAAAUAUACGUCGUAGGUUUAUAAAAUAUUAAUAUGGCCCUCUGGGAAACAUGCAUUUAAUCGACUGGCUCACAACUAAAUAAAAAUACUGUAAUUCAUUCACCCUCAUAUUGUUCCUGUUAGGAAUGCAAAAG